AGGAAGAUGAAGUCGGAAGCAGGUCUGCCGCACUUAUUGUCGGGCACAAUUGCACUGCUCUUCCCUUCUCAUUCUGUCCCUCUCACUUCCAUCUCAACACCUCUUGUUUCUCUUCUCCUUAUCCUUUCCAACAAUCGCACCUCGCAAUCAAUCUUGUGUUGCUGCUCCGAGGGAAUCCAUUGCUCAAUUCCUUCCAUCAUCGGAUUAUCAAAAACCACUGUCUUCAGGUGGAUAACUGUUUUUACUCAGUGUUCAAACAGCAACGUCUGCCAGUAUGAGUUGGGACACCGGAGCUCCACCUGCUACAGGUGCCGAAGCCUGGAACGGCGGUGGUGAUGCCUGGAAUGAUGGCGGUGCGGGUAACCAAGCUGCUGCUUUUGACGAUGGCUUUGCUGGUCAGACAAAUGGCGACUUCAACGACGGCUUCGGUACUGGAGGUGGUGAGAACGGCGACUCAGGUGCUCCUGGCGGUGCUUGCCGCAACUGCGGUCAAGAGGGUCAUUUUGUUCGUGACUGCCCCGAACCAAAGAAGAUGGGUGCUUGCUUCAACUGCGGCGAGGAAGGCCAUUCCAAAGUCGACUGCCCCAGUCCUCGCAAGUUCAAGGGUGAAUGCCGUAACUGCGGUCAAGAAGGUCAUAUGGCUUCUUACUGCCCAACUCGCGUCGACAAGUGCAAGAAUUGCCAGCAGGAGGGCCACACUGCCAUCGAAUGCAAGAAUCCUAAGGUGAUCGACAAUGCCCGCGUUGCUGAGAAGUCUGAAAAUGAGGCGUGGGACUUGCUCAAGAAGGCGAGUGAUGAGCAGGAUAUCACCGACUUCAAGGAAGGAAUCCAGAUUCUGUCCAAAGCUGCUCCUGACUACACCUAUCCUCGUCUCGAGAAGGAGUUUCGCAAGCGUGGUUAUAGCAUCUACCUCAUUGCAAUGGAGAAGAACCAUGGUGACACCUGGACCAAUGUCAACCUACAGGGUGAAACCGGCAAGAAGUAUGCUGUUAGCUACUUUCUCUCUGACAAGCCUCAACGUCCCACUCUGCUCGACAAAUGGCCACCCUCUGCCGAAGAGAACCUCACUCGUCUUGCCGACGCCGGUACCCCACUUGAUCGUGGUGUGGACAAGUGCAACAACUGCGGAGAAAUUGGUCACAAGAGCAAGGCUUGUCCACAAGAGCAAAUACCACGAGAGCAGACCAAGGUUCUUUGCCACCUGUGCGGAGAAGAGGGUCAUCGUGUUCGUGACUGCAAGCAGGAGCGUAAGAAGGCUGGGCGUACUUGCAAGAUCUGUGAUGAAGAGGAUCACAUUGCCAAAGACUGUCCCAAUCGUGAGAAACAAACUUGCCGCAACUGUGGCUCUGAGGAUCACAUGGCUCGAGAGUGUCCAAAUCGCGAGAAGAGAACAUGCCGCAACUGUGGUGAGGAAGACCAUAUCGCCAAGGACUGCCCCGAACCACGCAAGCAAAAGUGCCGUAUCUGUGACGCCGAAGAUCAUCUGCAGAGAGAUUGUCCCAAGAAAGACGAAGCUGGAGCUCGUCCUCCUAGGGACUGGUCGCAGGUUGUUUGCAGUGUCUGUGAUCGCAAGGGUCAUGGUCGUGCCAGAUGCCCCGAGGCCAAAAAGGGAGAUCCAGGUUUCGAGCCAGGUACGGAGACUACCCAUCCAGACGGCGGGGCUGCUGUCGGUAGUGGCUGGGAAAACAACAAUACUGGCGGCUCUGCACAGGCUGAUUGGGAGCAAGGUCCUGCCUUUGCCCCUGGUGCACCAACUGUGACCUCGACUGGCGGUUGGUAGGAUAGCAUGAAGCCUGAGAAGAGACCCUAUUGAGUUUCAGACUCUGCCAACAGCUGCCGACACCAUCUCCCUGGGGCACAGCGCUUUAGGAGUCCUGCGAAGAUUAGCAUGGUCAGAUGGACAUGUCAACAGACAUGAAGACAAAAAUAAAGAGAGAAACAUCGAGAAAGAGAGCUACAUGAGAUGGUCACCAGGUAGCACUUGGUCAAUCCUUCACUGAUACCUGAUAUCAAAGCUCGAUCAGAAGACAUAGUCAGCAAAAUCAGAAAAG